AGCCGCAGAGGAAUCAUGUCUUUAAUGUGGGACAAAAAUAACAAACUCUCACUUACUCUUCACAAGAAAUAUCCAACUUGUGGUCUCUGUGGUAACUUCAACAGCACUCCAGGAGAUGAUAUCAAUGAGCACAUUGCCAAUAGUAAAAUUCCUGGUGAUUGUCCCAAAGCUGUUAGUAAAAGCUAUGAUGUUUGUGAAGAUGGCGUGCAGCACUGUGACAAAAUUAUUGGAACUUACUUUGAGAAAUGUAGAAAGGUCACCACUUUAUCCAAUGACUACAGAAUGAUCUGCAUUGAUGAGUACUGCCAAAAUAGAGACAAAAAUUCUACGUGUGACACUUACACAGAAUUGUCCCGCCUCUGUGCCUCAGAUGGUCCCGGCCCCUACGUAUCCUGGCGAGAUGAUUCUGAUGUGGUUUGCGAAAAACCUAGAUGCCCAGAAAAACAUAUCUACAAAGAAUGUGGUCCCUCAAACCCUGCAACUUGUUCCAAUGUGGCUCCUUUUCAAGACAGUGAAUGUGUGAGUGGCUGCACCUGCCCAGAAGGUUACCUAUUGGACGAUAUUGGAGAAAAAGGGAGAUGUGUAUUAAAGGCUAAAUGUCCCUGUGAAUCAAAUGGAAAGAUCUAUCAGUCAGGAGAAGUCCGAGAUGGUCCUUGUGGUUCUCAGUGCACAUGCCAAGAAGCAAAGUGGUCUUGCACUGAAGCAUUAUGUCCUGGAAGAUGUAAGGUGGAAGGAAGUUCAAUCACCACCUUUGAUGGUGUUAAAUAUAACCAUCCUGGAAACUGUCAUUUCUUGGCCAUCCACGAUAAAGAUUGGUCUGUUAGUGUUGAACUUCGUCCCUGUCCAAAUGGUCAGUCAGGAACGUGCUUAAAUAGUGUUACACUCCUCUUGAAUUCGUCUGUUUCAGUUGACAAAUAUAUAUUCAAUAGAGACGGAACAGUCACAAAUGAUAAGAUUAGAAAUCAAGGUUAUUAUUAUUCAGACCAAAUGCAGAUCUUCAAAGCAUCUUCCUCAUACCUUCAAGUAGAAACAAACUUUCAUGUAAAGAUGCAGAUACAGAUUGUUCCUGUGAUGCAAUUAUAUGUUUCCAUGCCACCCAACCAAUUCACAGACACUGUAGGACUCUGUGGUUCCUACAACAACAGAGCAGAGGAUGAUUUCAUGUCAAGUCAGAAUAUAUUGGAGAAAACGUCUCAGGCAUUUGCUGAUUCUUGGGAAAUGAUGCCCUGUCCUAAAGGAAACCCCACUUCGUGCAUCAGUAUAGAAAAAGAAAGAUAUGCUGAAAAGCACUGUGGAAUUCUUCUUGAUUCAAGUGGACCUUUUGCUUCCUGCCAUCCAAUUGUGAAUCCUAAACUAUAUCAUGAGGAAUGCAAAAAAUACACUUGCACUUGUGACAACAGUGAAGAUUGUUUGUGCACGAUUUUAGGCAACUAUGUAAAAGCGUGUGCUGAGAAAGAAACAUACAUAGUGGAAUGGAGAACUGGACUAUGUGAUCACUCUUGCCCAAGUGGCCUGGUUUUCAAGUACAAUGUAAAAGCCUGCAAUAGUUCUUGUCGAUCAUUGUCAGAGAGAGAUAGGAGCUGUGAUGUAGAAGAUGUUCCAGUUGAUGGAUGCACUUGCCCUGAUGGAAUGUACCAUAAUAAUGAAGAGAUUUGUGUUCCAAAAUCUCAGUGUGACUGCUACCUAAAUGACGAGGUCAUACAACCAGGCAAACUCAUCCAUAUUGAUGACAAUAAAUGUGUCUGUCGGGAUGGAAUUCUUCUUUGCCAGACUCCCAUUGAUUUAACCCUACAGAAUUGUUCCGGAGGGACUGAAUUUGUUGACUGCAGGGACCCGAAGGCACAGAGAAGAGUUGACAGUACCUGUAGCACUCGGAACAUACCUAGUUUUGAUGAGAACUUGCCUUGCAAACGUGGGUGCUACUGUCCAAUUGGCAUGGUUCGAAAUUCUAAAGGAAACUGUGUCUUUCCUGAAGACUGCCCAUGUUCUUUUGGUGGACAGGAGUAUGACCAGGGAAGUGUUACCUCGGUUGGCUGCAACAAAUGUACUUGCAUAAAAGGGUCUUGGAGCUGUACACACAAUGAAUGUCAAACCACCUGCCAUAUCUAUGGGGAAGGUCAUGUUAGAACUUUUGAUGGAAAAAGUUACAGCUUUGAUGGUCUCUGCCAGUAUUCAUUUCUUGAGGAUUAUUGUGGUCGUGAAAAUGGCACAUUCCGUCUCUUAACUGAAAGCGUCCCAUGCUGUGAAAAUGGGCUUACAUGCUCAAGAAAAAUCAUAGUUGCUUUUCAGGAUCAGAAUGUUGUUCUGCAUGAUGGGAAAGUAACAGCAGCCAAAACUACAGAAAGUAAGGAAUGUGAAAUCAAUGGAAAUACAUAUUCUGUACAUACUGUUGGCCUGUACUUGAUUCUGAAAUUUUUAAAUGGAAUAACCAUAAUUUGGGACAAGAAUACAAGAGUUUCUGUUAUACUGGAUCCACACUGGAAUGGCAAAGUAUGUGGUCUUUGUGGAAAUAACAAUGGUGAUCUCAAGGAUGAUUUCACAACACGAUAUUCAUCAGUAGCUGCUGGAGCACUGGAAUUUGGAAAUAGCUGGAAAACCAGUCAAGAAUGUUCAGACACAGUAGCUCAAGCUUUCCCGUGUGACUCAAACCCGUACUGUAAGGCCUGGGCUGUGCGGAAAUGUGAGAUCAUCCGGGACAGCACCUUCAGAGACUGCCACAGCAAGGUGGACCCCAAUGCCUACUAUGAUGCAUGCAUUGAAGAAGCCUGUGCAUGUGACAUGGAGGGGAAGUACCUGGGAUUCUGCACAGCUGUGGCUAUGUACGCAGAGGCGUGCAGUGCGGUUGGAGUCUGUGUCAGGUGGAGAAAACCAGAGCUCUGCCCUGUCUACUGUGAUUAUUACAAUGCCCCUGGGGAAUGCAGUUGGCACUAUGAACCUUGUGGUACAGUGACUGCAAAAACUUGCAAAGAUCAAGUUAUUGGCCAGAAAUUUUCUGCACUUUUAGAAGGAUGUUAUGCUAAGUGCCCAGAUAGCGCUCCUUAUCUGGAUGAGAACACCAUGAAAUGCGUCAGUUUAUCUGAGUGCAGCUGCUUCUAUAAUGAUAUCAUACCAGCAGGUGGAGUGAUUCAGGAUAACUGUGGAAGAACAUGCUAUUGCAUCGCAGGAGAGUUGGAGUGCAGUGAAACUGCUCCUACAAAUUCGACAUUCACAGUUUCAGCUACAACAGCUACCUCCAUAUUAAGCACCGAAACAGCAAUAACAUUGGUAACCAGGAGCUCAGGUGCAGCAGCUUCCAUUCCAGUGAUUACAACAUCAAGCAGCAAAGCAAUAGGGACAACUCUAACUCUUCUGAAUGAACCUUUUACUACAGGUGUUAUUGGAUCUCCCGUUCCCGUGACCGUCAGUGCUGGCAGUGCAGGCACGACUGUAGUGUACCUCGCCCCCACCAGUCCUGGGCACAUGGCAGGAGGAACAACAGGCAGCCCUACUGCACCAGCAAGAGGAGGUGAAGACAGCACACCCGGGGAACCAAGCACAGGGGCGACAAGCCCAGGGAAACCAGGGACCCCAGAGGUUUCAGAGGGCUUCACAACAGCACCUGGGCAUGAGAACACAAAUGGAGACACAACUGCCCCAGACUCAACCGUGGGAGGCAGACCAGGGACUGCCGGAUCAGCAGCUAGUGAUGCAACUAGACCCCCAAGUAGUGAAGUGACACAAUCUGAAGGCAAGUUAGGAACAACUGAAGGGGAAAAUGCAGCCACCACUGGAACUGUUGGUGAAAACACUUCCCGAGCCUCAGGAACAACUGGACACUAUGUUGAAGGAGGAGGAACAACUGGGCCAUCUGAGGGAAGAUCAGGGACAACUAGAAUAUCAGCUGAAGAAUCAGGGACAACUGUAUUGUCAUCUGUAGUGACAGGGAAAACAGGACCAUUACUGAGAGGAUCAGCAACAACAAGAUCAUCAGUUAAAGGAUCAGAGACAACUGAACCAUCUGUUGUAGUUUCAAGAACAUCUGUACCAUCAGAAGGAUUGACAGGAGCAACUGAACCAUCACUUGGGUUAACAACACCUGGACCAUCAGCUGAAGGAUCAGGGACAGCUACAUUAUUUGCUGGAGUAUCACAAACAACUGAAAGCUCUGUUCUAAAGUCAGGAAAUACUGGACCAUCCAUAGGAGGAUCACAGACAACUGGACGAUCAGGUGAAGAAGCACAGACAAGUGGACUAGCAGCUGGAGGAUCAGGGACUACAGGACCAUCCACUGAAGAAUCAGAAAAAACAGAAACACCUGUUCUGGGUUUAGGGACAACUCAAACAUCUGAAGGAUUAGGAACAACUACAUCUGUUUUAGGUUCAGGGACAACUGGAACAUCAUCUGGAGUGACAAGAACAACUAAGUCAUCAUCUCGAGAUUCAGAUACUACAGGACCAACAGCUGAAGUAUUAGGAACAACUAAAUCAGCAUCUGGUAUAUCAAGCACAACUGGACUAUUGUCUGGUGGGUCAGGGACAACUGGACCAUCUGUUGUAGGAUCAGGAACAUCUGUCCCAUCAGCAGGAUUGACAGGGACCUCUGGUCUAUCACCUUGGUUUGCAACAACUGGACAAUCAUCUGUAGGAUCGAGGUCAACUGAGUCAUUGGCUGGAAGAUCAGAAACCACUGCAACCUUCAUUGUAAGUUCAGGCACUACCAGUCCAUCCACAGGAGGAUCACAGACAACUGGACUGUCAGCCAAAGAAGCAGGGACAACAGAACAAGCAGCUGGAAUAUCAGGGACCACAGGACCAUUCCAUGGACGAUCAGGGACAACAAGACAAUCUGUUUUAAGUUCAGGGACAACCUUACCAACUUCUAAAGAAAUAAGGACAACUAGACCUUCAUUGGUAAAGUCAGGUACAACUGCAGUAUUGACUCCAGGAUCAGCCACAAGUGGACUGUCUUCUGGAGUAUCUAAGUCCACUGAACCAUCAUCUGAAGCAUUAGGAACAACAAGAUCACCAGCUGGUAUAUCAGAGACAACUGGACCAUCAACAGUUGGAUCUGGGAUGGCAACAGGACCAUUUUUUGUAGAAUCAGGGACAGCUGUAUCAACGGUAGGAUUGACUGGGACAUCUGGCCUAUCACAUGGGUUAGGAAUAACUGGGCCAUCAGCUAAAGGAACAGGGACAACUGGAUCAUUUGCUGGAAAUUCAGGAACAACAGUAACCCCUGUUGUAAUUUCAGGGACUGCUGGUCCCUACACAGUAAAAUCACAGACAACUGGACAAUCUGCUGAAGAAGCUGGGACAAUAGGACAAACAGCUGGAGGUUCAGGGACCACAGGACCAUUCCAUGGAGGAUCAGGAAAAACAGGACAAUCUGUUUUAGGUUCAGGGACAACCAGACCAUCUGUUGUAGGUCCAGGAACAACUAUACCUUCAAGUAGACUAUUUUUUGUAGGUUCAGGGACAACCAGAGCAUCAUCUGGAGUGAAAAGGACAAUUGGACCAUCAUCUGGAGAAUUAGGAACAACUAGAUCAUCAUCUGGUAUGUCAAGGACAAUUGGACCAUCAACUGGAAGGUCAGGGAUAACUGGACGUUCAGGAACAGAAUCAGGAACAUCAGUAACAUCAGUAGGAUUAACAGGGACAUCUGGAUCAUCAUUUGGGUUAGGAACAACUGUACCAUCAAAGAAAGUAUCACAAACAACUACAGCACCUAUUGCAGGAUUAGUAAAAUCUACAUCAUCUACAAGAUUGACAGGGUCAACUGGAUCAUCAGUUGGAGGACCAGAGAUAACUGGAACAGCAGCUAGAGGAUCAGGGACCACAACACUGUCAGCUGGAGCAUCAGGAGAAACUGGAACAUUAGCUGAAGGAUCAGAAACAACAAAAACCUUUGUUAUAACAUUAGGGAUUACUGAAACACCUGUAAGAGGAUCACAGACAAUGGGAUGGUCAACUAAAGAUUCAGGAACAACUGGGCAAGAAGCUAGAGGAUCAGGGACAACAGGACAAUUCAUUGGAGGAUCAGGAAGAGCAGUGUCAUCUGUUUUUGUUUCAAGGACCAUUCACCCAUUAUCUGAAGAAUCAGGGACCACUAGACCAUCUGUUUUAGGUUCAGAGACAACCAGACCAUUACCUGGACACACAGAGACCAUGGGAUCAUCAUCUGGAGAUUCAGACACCACUGGACCAUCAGCUGAGGUAUUGGGGACAACUAGAUCACCAGCUGGUAUAUCAGAAACAACUAGACUAUCAACGGGUAGAUCUGGGAUGACAGAAGGACCAUCUGUUGUAGGGUCAGAAACAUCUGUACCAUCAGUAGGUUGGACAAAGAUAUCUGGCCCAUCACCUGGGUUAGUAACAACUGGGCCAUCAGCUGAAGGAGCAGAAACAACUGGAUCAUUUGCUGGAAAUUCAGGAAGAACGGCAACUGCUAUUGUAAGUUCAGGAACUAGUGGUCCCUACAUAGGAGGAAUCCAUACAACUGUACUAUCACCUGAAGAGGCAAGGACUAUAGGACCAACAUCUGGGGGAUCAGGGACCACAGAACCAUUCCCUGGAGUAUCAGGAACAAUGGAACAAUCUGUUUUAGGUUCAGAGACAACUAGACCAUCAGUUGUAAGUUCAGGAACAAGUGGAAUAUCAUCUGGAGUGGUGGGUAUACCUGGACAAUCUACUAGAGUGACAGGGAAAAUUGGACCACCAGCUGGAGAAUUAGGAACAACUGGAUCAUCAGCUGGUAUAUCAAGCACAACUGGACUAUUGUCUGGUGGGUCAGGGACAACUGGACCAUCUGUUGUAGGAUCAGGAACAUCUGUCCCAUCAGCAGGAUUGACAGGGACCUCUGGUCCAUCAUCUGGGUUUGCAACAAAUGGACAGUCAUCUGUAGGAUCGAGGUCAACUGAGUCAUUGGCUGGAAGAUCAGAAACCACUGCCACCUCCAUUGUAAGUUCAGGCAUUACCAGUCCAUCCACAGGAGGAUCACAGACAACUAGACUGUCAGCCAAAGAAGCAGGGAAAACAGAACAAGCAGCUGGAAUAUCUGGGACCACAGGACCAUUCCAUGGACGAUCAGGAACAACAGGACAAUCUGUUUUAAGUUCAUGGACGACUGGGCCAUCGUCUGAAGAAUUAAGGUCAACUAGACCUUCAUUGAUAAAGUCCAGCACCACUGGAAUAUCAGCUACAGGAUCAGCCACAACUGGACAGUCAUUUGAAGUAUCUGAGUCCCCUGAGCCAUCAUCUGAAGUAUUCAGAACAACUAGAUCAUCAACUCAAAAAUCAGGCACACCUGCCCUAUUUUCUGGUGGGUCAGGGACAACUGGACCAUCUGUUGUAGGACCAGGAACAUCUGUCCCAUCAGCAGGAUUGACAGGGACCUCUGGUCCAUCACCUGGGUUUGCAACAACUGGACAGUCAUUUGUAGGAUCGAGGAAAACUGAGUCAUUGUCUGGAAGAUCAGAAACCACUGCAACCUCCAUUGUAAGUUUAGGCACUACCAGUCCAUCCACAGGAGGAUCACAGACAACUGGACUGUCAGCCAAAGAAGCAGGGAAAACAGAACAAGCAGCUGGAGGAUCAGGGACCACAGGACCAUUCCAUGGACGAUCAGGAACAACAGGACAAUCUGUUUUAAGUUCAUGGACGACUGGGCCAUCAUCUGAAAAAUUAAGGACAACUAGACCUUCAUUGAUAAAGUCCAGCACCACUGGAAUAUCAGCUACAGGAUCAGCCACAACUGGACAGUCAUCUAGAGUAUCUGAAUCCACAGAAGUAUCCAGAACAACUAGAUCAUCAACUCAUAUGUCAGGGAUAACUGGACCAUCUGUUGUAGGAUCAGGAACAUCUGUCCCAUCAGCAGGAUUGAUAGAGGCCUCUGGUCCAUCACCUGGGUUUGCAACAACUGGACAGUCAUCUGUAGGAUCGAGGACAACUGAGUCAUUGGCUGGAAGAUCAGAAACCAGUGCGACCUCCAUUGUAAGUUCAGGCACUACCAGUCCAUCCACAGGAGGAUCACAGACAACUGGACUGUCAGCCAAAGAGGCAGGGACAACAGAACAAGCAGCUGGGGGAUCAGGGACCACAGGACCAUUCCAUGGACUUUCAGGAACAACAGGACCAUCAUCUGAAGAAUUAAGGACAAUUAGACCUUCAUUGGUAAAGUCCAGCACCACUGGAAUAUCAGCUACAGGAUCAGCCACAACUGGACAGUCAUCUAGAGUAUCUCAUUCCCCUGAGCCAUCAUCUGAAGUAUCCAGAACAACUAGAUCAUCAACUCGUACAUCAAGCACCACUGGAACAUUGCCUGGUGGAUCAGGGAAAACUGGACCAUCUGUUGUAGGAUCAGGAACAUCUGCCCCAUCAGCAGGAUUGACAGGCACCUCUGGUCCAUCACCUGGGUUUGCAACAACUGGACAGUCAUCUGUAGGAUUGAGGACAACUGCCUCAUUGGCUGGAAGAUCAGAAACCACUGCAACCCCCAUUGUACCUUCAGGCACUACAAGUACAUCCACAGGAGGAUCACAGACAACUGGAUUGUCAGCCAAAGAAACAGGAACAACAGAACAAGCAGCUGGAAGAUCAGGGACCACAGGACCAUUCCAUGGACGAUCAGGAACAACAGGACAAUCUGUUUUAAGUUCAGGGUCGACCUUAUCAACUUCUAAAGAAAUAAGGACAAUGAGACCUUUGUUGGUAAAGUCAGGCACAACUGGAGUAUUGGCCACAGGAUCAGCCACAACUGGACAGUCAUCUGGAGUAUCUGAGUCCACUGAGCCAUUAUCUGACGUAUUCAGAACAACUAGAUCAUCAACUCGAAAAUCAAGCACAACUGGAACAUUGCCUGGAGGUUCAGGGACAAUUGGACCAUCUGUUGUAGGAUCAGGAACAUCUGUCCCAUCAGCAGGAUUGACAGAGUCCUCUGGUCCAUCACCUGGGUUCACAACAACUGGACAGUCAUCUGUAGGAUCGAGGACAACUGAGUCAUUGGCUGGAAGACCAGAAACCAGUGCGACCUCCAUUGUACCCUCAGGCACUACUAGGCCAUCCACAGGAGGAUCACAGAUAACUGUACUGUCAGCCAAAGGAGCAGGGACAACAGAACAAGCAGCUGAGGUAGCAGAAACCACAGGACCACUCCAUGGACGAACUGGAGCAACAAGACAACCUGUUUUAGUUUCAGAGAUGACCUUACCAACUUCUAAAGAUAUAAGGACAACGAGACCUUCAUUGGUAAAGUCAGGCAUAACUGGAGUAUUGGCUUCAAGGUCAGCCACAACUGCACUGUCAUCUGGAGUAUCUGAGUCUACUGAGCCAUCAUCUGAAGUAUUCAGAACAACUAGAUCAUCAACUCGUAUAUCAAGUACAAUUGGACUAUUUUCUGGGGGUUCAGGGACAACUGGACCAUCUGUUGUAGGACCAGGAACAUCCGUACCAUCAGCAGGAUUGACAGAGUCCUCUGGUCCAUCACCUGGGUUUGCAACAACUGGACAGUCAUCUGUAGGAUCGAGGACAACUGAGUCAUUGGCUGAAGGACCAGAAACCACUGUGACCUCCAUUGUAAGUUCAGGCACUACCAGUCCAUCCACAGGAGGAUCACAGACAACUGCACUGUCAGCCAAAGAAGCAGGGAAAACAGAACAAGCAGCUGGAGGAUCAGGGACCACAGGACCAUUCCAUGGACAUUCAGGAACAACAGGACAAUCUGUUUUAAGUUCAUGGACGACUGGGCCAUCAUCUGAAGAAUUAAGGACAACUAGACCUUCAUUGGUAAAGUCCAGCACCACUGGAAUAUCAUCUACAGGAUCAGCCACAACUGGACCGUUAUUUGGAAUAUCUGAGUCCCCUGAGCCAUCAUCUGAAGUAUUCAGAACAACUGGAUCAUCAACUCGAAAAUCAAGCACAACUGGCCUAUUUUCUGGAGGUUCAGGGACAAUUGGACCAUCUGUUUUAGCAUCAGAAACAUCUGUCCCAUCAGCAGGAUUGACAGGCACCUCUGGUCCAUCACCUGGGUUCGCAAUAACUGGACAACCGUCUGUAGGAUCAAAGACAACUGAGUCAUUGGCUGGAAGAUCAGAAACCACUGCAACCCCCAUUGUACCUUCAGGCACUACUAGUCCAUCCACAGGAGGAUCACAGACAACUGGACUUUCAGCCAAAGAAGCAGGGAAAACAGAACAAGCAGCUGGAAGAUCAGGGACCACAAGACCAUACCAUGGACGAUCAGGAACAACAGGACAAUCUGUUUUAAGUUCAUGGACGACUGGGCCAUCAUCUGAGGAAAUAAGGACAACCAGACCUUCAUUGGUAAAGUCCAGCACCACUGGAAUAUCAGCUACAGGAUCAGCCACAACUGGACAGUCAUUUGAAGUAUCUGAGUCCACUGAGCCAUCAUCUGAAGUAUUCAGAACAACUAGAUCAUCAACUCAAAAAUCAGGCACACCUGCCCUAUUUUCUGGUGGGUCAGGGACAACUGGACCAUCUGUUGUAGGACCAGGAACAUCUGUCCCAUCAGCAGGAUUGACAGAGUCCUCUGGUCCAUCACCUGGGUUUGCAACAACUGGACAGUCAUCUGUAGGAUCGAGGACAACUGAGUCAUUGUCUGGAAGACCAGAAACCAGUGCAACCUUCAUUGGAAGUUCAGGCAGUACCAGUCCAUCCACAGGAGGAUCACAGACAACUGGACUGUCAGCCAAAGAAGCAGGGAAAACAGAACAAGCAGCUGGAGGAUCAGGGACCACAGGACCAUUCCAUGGACGAACUGGAGCAACAAGACAACCUGUUUUAGUUUCAGGGACGACCUUACCAACUUCUCAAGACAUAAGGACAACGAGACCUUCAUUGGUAAAGUCAGGCAUAACUGGAGUAUUGGCUUCAAGAUCAGCCACAACUGCACUGUCAUCUGGAGUAUCUGAGUCUACUGAGCCAUCAUCUGAAGUAUUCAGAACAACUAGAUCAUCAACUGGUAUAUCAAAUGCAACUGGCCGAUUUUCUGCAGGUUCAGGAACCUCUGGACCAUCUGUUGUAGGACCAGGAACAUCCGUACCAUCAGCAGGAUUGACAGGGACCUCUGGUCCAUCACCUGGUUUUGCAACAACUGGACAAUCAUCUGUAGGAUUGAGGACAACUGAGUCAUUGGCUGGAAGAUCAGAAAUCACUGCAACCUCCAUUGUAAGUUUAGGCACUACCAGUCCAUCCACAGGAGGAUCACAGACAACUGGACUGUCAGCCAAAGAAGCAGGGACAACAGAACAAGCAGCUGGAGGAUCAGAGACCACAGGACCAUUUCAUGGACAUUCAGGAACAACAGGACAAUCCGUUUUAAGUUCAUGGACAACUGGGCCAUCAUCUGAAGAAAUAAGGACAACCAGACCUUCAUUGGUAAAGUCAGGCAUAACUGGAAUAUCAGCUACAGGAUCAGCCACAACUGGACAGUCAUCUGGAGUAUCUGAGUCCACUGAGCCAUCAUCUGAAGUAUUCAGAACAACUAGAUCAUCAACUCAUAUAUCAAGUAAAACUGGCCGAUUUUCUGCAAGUUCAGGGACACAGGGACCAUCUAUUGUAGGACCAGGAACAUCUGUCCCAUCAGGAGGAUUGACAGAGGCCUCUGGUCCAUCACCUGGGUUUGCAACAACUGGACAAUCAUCUGUAGGAUCAAGGACAACUGAGUCAUUGGCUGGAAGACCAGAAACCACUGCUACCUCCAUUGUAAGUUCAGGCACUACUAGUUCAUCCACAGGAGGAUCACAGACAACUAGACUGUCAGCCAAAGAAGCAGGGACAACAGAACAAGCAGCUGGAAUAUCAGGGACCACAGGACCAUUCCAUGGACGUUCAGGAACAACAGGACAAUCUGUUUUAAGUUCAUGGACGACUGGGCCAUCAUCUGAAGAAAUAAGGACAACUAGACCUUCAUUGGUAAAGUCCAGCACCACUGGAAUAUCAGCUACAGGAUCAGCCACGAUUGGACAGUCACCUGGUGUAUCUGAGUCCCCUGAGCCAUCACCUAAAGUAUUCAGAACAACUAGAUCAUCAACUCAUAUAUCAAGUUCAACUGGACUAUUUUCUGGAGGUUCAGAGACAACUGGACCAUCUUUUGUAGGAUCAGGAACAUCUGUCCCAUCAGCAGGAUUGACAGAGGCCUCUGGUCCAUCACCUGGGUUUGCAACAAUUGGACAAUCAUCUGUAGGAUCAAGGACAACUGAGUCAUUGGCUGGAAGAUCAGAAACCACUGCCACCUCCAUUGUAAGUUCAGGCACUACCAGUCCAUCCACAGGAGGAUUACAGACAACUAGACUGUCAGCCAAAGAAGCAGGGACAACAGAACAAGCAGCUGGAAUAUCAGGGACCACAGGACCAUUCCAUGGACGAUCAGGAACAACAGGACAAUCUGUUUUAAGUUCACGGACUACUGGGCCAUCAUCUGAAGAAAUAAGGACAACCAGACGUUCAUUGGUAAAGUCCAGCACCACUGGAAUAUCAGCUACAGGAUCAGCCACGAUUGGACAGUCAUCUGGAGUAUCUGAGUCUACUGAGCCAUCAUCUGAAGUAUUCAGAACAACUAGAUCAUCAACUCCUAUAUCAAAUACAAGUGGACUAUUUUCUGGAGGUUCAGGGACAGCUGGACCAUCUGUUGUAGGACCAGGAACAUCUGUCCCAUCAGGAGGAUUGACAGAGUCCUCUGGUCCAUCACCUGGGUUUGCAACAACUGGACAGUCAUCUGUAGGAUCGAGGACAACUGAGUCGUUAGCUGGAAGAUCAGAAACCACUGCAACCCCCAUUGUACCUUCAGGCACUACCAGUCCAUCCACAGGAGGAUCACAGACAACUGCACUGUCAGCCAAAGAAGCAGGGACAACAGAACAAGCAGCUGGAAUAUCAGGGACCACAGGACCAUUCCAUGGACGUUCAGGAACAACAGGACAAUCCGUUUUAAGUUCAUGGAUGACUGUGCCAUCAUCUGAAGAAAUAAGGACAACUAGACCUUCAUUGGUAAAGUCCAGCACCACUGGAAUAUCAGCUACAGGAUCAGCCACGAUUGGACAGUCACCUGGUGUAUCUGAGUCCCCUGAGCCAUCACCUGAAGUAUUCAGAACAACUAGAUCAUCAACUCGUAUAUCAAGUACAGCUGGCCUAUUUUCUGGUGGGUCAGGGAAAACUGGACCAUCUGUUGUAGGAUCAGAAACAUCUGUGCCAUCAGCAGGAUUGACAGGGACCUCUGGUCCAUCACCUGGUUUAGCAACAACUGGACAAUCAUCUGUAGGGUUGAGGACAACUGCGUCAUUGGCUGGAAGAUCAGAAACCACUGUGACCUCCAUUGUAAGUUCAGACACUACCAGUCCAUCCACAGGAGCAUCACAGACAACUAGACUGUCAGCCAAAGAAGCAGGGACAACAGAACAAGCAGCUGGAAUAUCAGGGACCACAGGACCAUUCCAUGGACGAUCAGGAACAACAAGACAACCUGUUUUAGGUUCAGGGACAACCUUACCAACUUCUAAAGAAAUAAGGACUAUGAGACCUUCAUUGGUAAAGUCCAGCACAACUGGAGUACUGGCUACAGGAUCAGCCACAAAUGCACUGUCAUCUGGAGUAUCUGAGUCCACUGAACCAUCAUCUGAAGUAAUUGGUAAAACUAGAUCAUCAAGUCAUAUAUCAAGUACAACUGGUCUAUUUUCUGGAGGUUCAGGGACAACUGGAAUGUCUGUUGUUGGAUCAGGAACAUCUGUACCAUCAACAGGAUUGACAGGGACCUAUGGUCCAUCACCUGCAUUUGCAACAACUGGACAAUCAUCUGUAGUAUCGAGGACAACUGAGUCAUUGGCUGGAAUAUCAGAAACAACUGAAACCUUUGUUUUUAGUGCAGGGAUUACUGGUCUGUCCACAAGAGGAUCUCAUACAACCGGACCACCUGCUGAGGAAACUGGGAUAACAGUACGAGCUGGUGGAGCUUCAGGGACCACAGGACUGUUCCAUGGAUUAUCAGGAACAACAGUACAUUCUGUUUUAGGUUCAGAAACAACAAGAAAAUCUGUUGUUUUGUCAGGAACAACUGUACCAUCAUCUGGAGUGACAGGAAUAACUGGACCAUCAACUAUGGAAUUGGGAACAAGUAGAUCAUUAGCCGGUAUAUCGGAGAACACUGGGGCAUUAAUGAGUGGAUCUGGGGUGACAACAGGACCAUCUUUUGUAGGAUCAGGCAUAUCUGUACCAUCAGUAGGAUUGACAGGGACCUCUGGUCCAUCACCUGGAUUAGCAACAACUGGAUCAUCAGCUGAAGGAUCAGGGAUAACUGGAGUAUAUUCUGGAAUAUCAGAAACAACUUCCACCUCUGUUGUAAGUUCAGCGACUAUUGGUCCAUUUACAGGAGGAUCACAGACAACUGGACUGUCAGCCAAAGAAGCAGGGACAACAGAACAAGCAGCUGGAGAAUCAGGGACCACAGGACCAUUCCAUGGUCGAUCAGGAACAACAAAACAAUCUACUUUAGGUUCAGGGAUGACCUUACCAUCUUCUCAAGAAAUAAGGACAACUAGCUCUUUGUUGGUAAAGACAGGCACAACUGGAGUAUCAGCUACUGGAUCAGCCACAACUGGACUGUCAUCUGGAGUAUCUGAUUCCACUGGACCAUCAUCUGAAGUAUUAGGAACAAUCAGAUCAUCAGCUGGUAUAUCAGAGACAACUGGACCAUCAACAAGUAGAUCUAGAAUGACAAGAGGACCAUUUUUUGUAGAAUCAGGAACAUCUGUACCAUCAAUAGGAUUGACAGGGAUGUCUGGUCCAGAGCCAACUGGAUCAUUCACUGGAAGAUCAGAAACAACAGCAACCUCUACUGUAAAUUCAGGUACUAGUGGUCUCUACAAUGGAGGAAUCCAGACAAAUGGGCUGUCAGCUAAAGAAGCAAGGACAACAGGACCAUUUCGAGGAGGGUCAGGAACAACUGGAAGAUUUUUUGUAGGUUCAGGGACAACUGUGCCAUCAUCUAGAGUGGAAAGCAUAACUGGACCAUUAUCUGGAAUGACAGGAAUAACUGGACCAUCAGCUGAGGAAUUAGUAACAACUAGUUCAUCAGCUGGUAUAUCAGAAACAACUGGAUUAUCAAUGGGUGGAUCUGGGAUGACAGCAGGACCAUCUGUUGUAGAGUCAGGAACAUCUGUAUCAUCAGUAGGAUUGAUAGGGACAUCAAGCCCGUCACAUGGGUUAGGAAUAACUGGGCCAUCAGCUGAAGGAGCAGGGACAACUGGAUCAUUUUCUGGAAGAUCAGAAACAACAUCAAUCUCUAUUAUAAGUUCAGGUACUAGUGGUCCCUACAUAGGAGGAAUCCAGACAACUGGAAAAUCUGUUGGAGAAGCUGGGACAACAGGACCAACAGCUGGAGGUUCAGGGACCACAGGACAAUUCCAUGAAGGAUCAGAAACAACAGGACAAUCUGUUUUGGUUUCAGGGACAACUAGACUGCCUGUUGUAGGUUCAGGGACAACUGGGGCAUCAUCUGGAGUGACAGGCAUAACUGGACCAUCAUCUGAAGUGAAAGGGACAAUUGGACCAUCAGCUGGACAAUUAGGAACAACUAGAUCAUCACCUGGUAUAUCUAGGACAACUGGACUAUCAUCUGGUGGGUUAGAGACAACUGGACUAUCUGCUGUAGGAUUAGGAACAUCUCUCCCGUCAAGAUUGACAGGAACGCCUGGACCAUCAGCUGGUUUAGCAACAACUGGACCAUCAGCUAAAGGAUCAGGGACAACUGAAUCAUUUUCUGGAAGAUCAGAAACAACUGAAAUCUUUGUUGUAAGUUCAGCAACUUUGAGUACAUCCAUAGGAGGAACACAGACAACUGGACAAUCUGCUGAGGAAGCAGGGGCAACAGGUCUAGAAUCUGGAGGGUCAGGGACUACAGGACUAUUCCAUGGAGGAUCAGAAACUACAGGACAAUCUAUUUUAGGUUCAGGGACGACCUUACCAUCUUCUGAAAAAUUAAGGUCAACUAGACCUUUAUUGGUAAAGUCGGGCUCUACUGGAGUAUCUGCUAUAGGAUCAGUCACAAGUGGACUGUCAUCCUGGGAAUCUGGGUCCACUGGAUCAUCAACUGAAGUAUUCAGAACAACUAGAUCUUCUGUUGGAAUAUCAAGGACAAGUCAACCAUCUACUGGAGGAUCAGGGACAACUGCACCAUCCGUUGUAGGAUUAGGAAUACCUUCAUCAGCACCAGGAUUGACAGAAUCAACUGGACCACCACUUUUAGGAUCAGGGACAACUGAAACAGCAGCUAGAGGAUUAGGGACCACAGGACUAUCAGCUAGCAGAUCAAGGACAACUGGAUCAUUAGCUGGAGUAUCAGAAACAACCAAAACCUCUGUUGCAAUGUUACAGACUACUGCAACAUCUAUAGUAGGAUCAUGGACAACUGAACAAUCAACUGAAGAAUCAAAGACAACUGUACAAUCAGCCCUAGGAUCAGAGACCUCAAGACCAUCUACUGGAUUGUCAGGAAUGACAGGAUCAUCAAGUUUUGGUUCAGGGACAACCCUGCCAUCAUCUGAAGAAUCAAGGGUAACUAGACCAUCCGUUAUAGGUCCAGGCACAACUGAACCAUCACAUGGAGUGAUUGGGACAAGUGGAUCAUCAUCUGGAGAUAUAUCCAUCACUGGACCACCAUCUGAACUAUUAGGAACAAGUAUAUCAUCAGUUGGUAUAUCAAAGACAACUGGACAAUCAAUGGGUGGAUUUGGGACAACUGGACCAUCUGUUGUAGAAUCAGGAACAUCUUUGCCAUCAGCAGGAUUUACAGGGAUAUCUGGAACAUUACAUGAGUUAGGAACAAGUGGACCUUCAGCUGAAGGAUCAAGGACAACUGGAAUAUUUUCUGGAUUAUCAGAAACAACUGAAACCUCUGUUGUAAGGUCUGAGACUACUGGACCAUCCAUAGGAGAAUCACAGACAACUGGACAAUUAAUUGAAGAAGCUGGAACAACUGUACAAGGAUUUGGGGCAGCAGAGACCACUCAGCCAUCUGUUGGAGGAUCAGGAACAACAGGACCAUCUAUUUUAGGUUCAGGGACAACUCCACAAUCAUCUGAAGGAUUAGGGACAACUGUACCACCAGCUAUAGAACCAGGAACAACUGGGCCAUCGACCAAAGGAUCAGCCAAAACUGGAUCAUCAGGAUUACAGACCACUGAAUCAAUUGAAAUAUUAGGAUCAGCUAUAUCAUCAGUCAGUGAUUCAAGGACAAUUAGACCAUCAACUAAAGGAUCAGGGACAACUGUAAGAUUACCUGAAAGAGCAGAGACAAUUGGACCACCUGUUGUAAAUUCAAGGAUAACUGGACCAUCUGUAGCAUCACAGAGGACUGGACCAUCAGCUGAAGGUUCAGUGACCACAGGAUCAUCAUCUGGAGGAUCAGGUACAACUGCCCCAUCUGUUAUAGGUUCAGAGACAACUGGACCAUCAGCUGGAGCACCAGGGACAACUGGAAUAUCAUCUAGAGGAGCAGGAGCAACUGGACUACUUGUUUUAGUUUCAGAUACAGCUAUCCCAGCAUCCGAAAGAUCCAGGACAACUGCAUCACCAGCUGGAGGAUCAGUGACAGCUGGACCAUCAAAUGGAGAAUCAAGGACAACUAGAUCAGCUAUUUUAGGUUUAGGGACAACUCAACCAUCAUCUGGAGCAUCAGGAACAACUGGACCAUCACAUGAAGUUUCAGGGACAACUGGACCAUCACCAGAAGGAUCAGGGACAAGUGGAUCAUCAACUGGGAUAACCACUGGGAUGUUAAGGAAUGAGGUUACCACAUCUGAAGGCGACCCAUUACUUUUCAUUUUAAUUUCAGGUUUCACAGAAGCUGCUCCUGGCUCAACAAUUGCACCAGAAAGUUCCACUACUGGCUCAGAUAAGAGAAUUCCACCAGUAUUAAUUGUAGGCACCACUAGGGUAGCCCCUGGCAUAACUGUUGUCCCUGGAAAUUCUAACACAGAGGCCACAACUUUCCUAGGAGAAAAUGAAACAACCAGAGUUGGAAUAGCCACAGGUACUACUGGUAUAGUCCCUGAGAAAACUGUGGAACCUGGAAAUUACAGCACAGGUACCACCAUGAUUUCACCUGGAGCUAGUAGAAGUUCACAGAGUUCCAAGCCAGGUCUUACAGAGGAAUUCUCUGGGAUAACUAUUAUAUCUGGAAGUUCCCAUACAGAGGCCACAACUUUAACAGAAGGCAGUGGUACUUCUGGAACUGGAUCCAGAUGCAGCACCACUGCAGUACCGGGAGGCCAAACAACUGGGAGUGUGACAGGCACCACUGGGGUAGCCCCUGGUACAACUGUUGUCCCUGGCAGUUCUAUUACAGAAGCCACAACUUCUGUGGGAGAAAGUGGAACAAGAAUGAGGAUCAUCACAGGCACCUCUGGCACAACAGGUGGAUAUGUUCCUGGAAGUGAGGCAGAGGCCACAACUUCCACAGAAAUGACUGGAACUGGAGCCCAAACAGGUACCAGUGGAGUAGUCUCUGGCACAACUAUUAAAUCUGGAAGAUCCAGUGUUGGAAAUUUGCCUCUGGAUCAGAAAGAUUGUUAUACAGGAAGGGCAGGUCCUCCAUCGCACACUCAGGCCAAUGGUGCUAUUGAUUCAGACUCCUCUGCUGGUUUCUGGACAACGCUUUUCCAGUGCCUGGCCAUGUGGUGUGGAUUUCUGAAUAGGGUGGUGGUAGUAGUAAUUUCCUGGAAGAUUAACCCACUGGACAUGAUUGAUGUUAUUGCCAAAUCGGCAGGAGUCAACACUGUCCCAAAAGCUUCUAUCUCAGUUUCAGGUACCAUUGGUGUGGCCUCGAGUACAACUGUUGCACCUGGACGUUCCCAUACUGAAGCUACAACACCCCCUGGAGGCAGUGGAAGCACAGGAAUUGAAAUUAAUACAGGGGGAUCCAGUAGCCAAGUCCCUGGCAUUCAAACAGGUACUAUUGGAGUGACCCCAGAAAGUACCAUGUCACCCAGAAUUUCCAACACAGGAGCUACCACUGGUGCAUCUGAGACACCAAGCCCUGGAAGUAAAACAGGCACUACAGGUAUAAUCACUGGCACAACAGCAUCUGGAAGUUCCAACACAGUUACCACUGGGAUAACCACAGGUACAACCAUCGCACUUAGGAGUUCCAACACAAAGGCUACAACUUCUACAGAAUUUGAAGCUACCACUGUAUUUGGAAUGGCCACUAGGGCUACAACUCUGGGACUAAGCCGUGACAUCACUGGGCAUGUAAUUCAAACAGGUACUAUUGUCAUAGGUGAAAUCACAGGUUACUCAAAAGUUUCCAACCCAACUUCAGGAGUCACCAACGUAAUUCCAGGGAGCCAGUCUACUGGAAGAAAAAUAGAAACCACAACUUUUAAAGAAGGUGUUGGAACUAUGGAAGCAAGAAUUUCAUCAGGCAAUACUCCAGAAUUAGUGAAAGUCACCACCAGCCAAGAAGGUACUAGUGUGGCAUCAAGUAGAAUUACCGGUGUCCCAGAAAGUCCCACCCAAGGUACCUCCAGGGAAGCAUUUGAAACAACCACUGCUCCUGGAAAUUCUACCACAGCCACUGCUUCCAUUGGAGUCAAGGAAACCUCUGGAACUAGAAUGCAAACAGGCUCCACCUCCAUGUCAACUAAAAUCACAACAAGACCCAAAGUAUCCUAUCCAGAAACCACUCUAGUCACAACAAGAGACCAAGAAACUGAAUAUAAAACAGGAUGUCCAGCAUCACUUCCACCACCUCCAGUUUGUCAUGGUCCGCUGGGAGAAGAGAAAUCUCCUGGAGAUAUAUGGACUGCCAAUUGCCACAAAUGCACCUGUACUGAUGCAAAGGCUGUAGACUGUAAACCCAAGGAGUGCCCUUCUGCACCCACAUGCAAAACUGGAGAGAGGCUUGUAAAAUUCAAAGCUAAUGAUUCCUGCUGUGAAAUUGGAUACUGUGAACCAAGAACAUGCUUAUUUAACAAUACUGAGUAUAAGAUUGGUGCUUCAUUUGAUGACCCUAGCAAUCCAUGCAUCUCCUACUCCUGCCAUAGCACUGGUUUCAUCGCAGUGGUCCAGGACUGCCCAAAGCAGACCUGGUGUGCAGAAGUAAACAGAGUCUAUGAUUCAAACAAAUGUUGCUAUACAUGUAAUACUAAUUGUAGAUCUUCACUUGUGAAUGUGACUGUUAAGUACCGUGGUUGCCAGAAAAAACUUGAGAUGGCAAGAUGUGUAGGGGAAUGUAAGAACACUGUUAGGUACAAUUAUCAUAUCUUUCAGCUGGCAAAUUCAUGUCUUUGCUGCCAAGAAGAUAAGUACGAAUUCCGGGAAGUUUUUCUUGACUGUCCUAAUGGCAGUACAAUACCUUACAGAUAUAGGCACAUCACGGCAUGUUCUUGCUUAGAUAUGUGCAAACAGUCUACACUCCCAACAGUCAGUUAACGCUAAUAUCACCUUUCCAAGUAUAACAGGCCAGGUAUUUAUUUUAUAAAUGCACAAAAAUCACUAAAAUAGAAUAACUAAACAUUUGUAUCUCACUCAAAGUGUGAAUUCUCAUUCUGAGGCAUUUUGUUCUCUUGUUGACUGGAUGUGAAAAAUAAAUACAAGUUUUCAAGCAA